AUGGCUAAGUCUCUGCGUGCUAAGUGCCACAUGAAGGCCAAGUCUAUAAAGCGUAAGAACGUUUUCCAAGUGGACGCAGACGCCCGUGCCAACCGGAUCUCGCACAAGAUGAAGGAGGACCUAAUAAAGCAGAAGAUGGAGGAGCUUCAGCGUAAGAACCCAGAUGUGAAGUCGGCCGAGGAAGCUAGGGAGGCCGUGCAAGCGGACGAUAUGGAACAGGACGACAAGAAAGUGAGCACGUCGGGGUGGCGGGACGCUAGACACCACAACUACAAGCGCAACAAGAAGCUCAACAAGAGCCGCAAGAAGGGCUCUUUCACCAAGUUUUAG